AUGGUAACCCUAUUCCAUAACAUGAUGCACAAGGAGAUCGAAGUCUAUGUCGAUGAUAUGAUUGCAAAGUCUAGAACAGAAAAAGAGCAUGUACAAGUUUUGAGAAAAUUAUUCCUAAGGUUAAGAAAGUUCCAGCUAAAGCUUAACCCAGCAAAAUACACUUUUGGGGCUAGGUUAGGAAAGCUGCUAGGAUUCAUGGUCAGUAAAAAGGGGAUUGAAAUUGACCCAGACAAAGUCAAAUUUAUACAAGAACUGCCUCCGCCACGCACCCAAAAGGAAUUUAGAGGAUUUCUAGGAAGAUUAAAUUACAUCGCUCGGUUCAUUUCACAGUUAACUGAGAAAUGUGAUCAUAUUUUUCGUCUUCUUAAGAAACACGAUCCGGGUAUAUGGGACGAAGAAUGCCAGAAAACUUUUGACAAGAUCAAGUGUUAUUUGUCCAAUGCCCCAGUAUUGAUGCCACCUUGUCUAGACAAACUACUAAUAUUGUACUUGGCAGUAUUCGAAAGUUUCAUGGGAUACAUGCUUGGCCAACAUGAUGAAUCGGGAAGAAAAGAAAGAGCGAUAUACUAUCUCAACAAGAAGUUCACCGAGUGUGAGACAAGACCCAUUGAAAUACAUGAUGGAGUCAACUGCUCUAAAUGGAAGAAUGGCCUGAUGGCUAUAAAAGAAAGUGCAAUAGCGGAUUUUUUAGCUAGCAGAGCUUUAGAAGAUGAUGAGCUUUUGAGCUUUGAUUUCCCAAAUGAGGAUCUGAUGUAUGUGGCAACUGCUGAAGAUAACAACCAAGAAGGCGAUGUUUGGAAAUUGAACUUCGACGGAGCUUCAAAUGCCGUAGGAAAUGGAAUUGGGGCAGUCUUGGUAUCCCCAAAUGGAGAUUAUUAUCCAUUCACCAGCAAGUUAGAUUUUGAUUGCACAAACAAUAUGGCAAAGUACGAAGAGUGCAUUAAGGGUAUCCAAGCAGCUAUUGAACGCAAAAUCAGAGUACUAGAGGUGUAUGGAGAUUAUGCACUAGUAAUCUAUCAGCUCAAAGGCGAAUGGGAGACAAAAGAUCCCAAGUUGAUCAGUUAUCGAAAGCUGGUCCUCAAAUUGAUUGAGGAGUUUGAUGAUAUCACAUUCUGGUAUCUCCCACGAUAUGAAAACCAGAUGGCCAAUGCAUUAGCUACAUUGGCUUCUAUGAUCAAAGUAAAUAAACAAGAGGAGGUGAAGCCUAUCCAAAUGAGCAUUUAUGAGGCUCUAGUCCCUUGUUGCAACAUUGAUGAAGAGGAAGAAAAAGGCGAUCACCCUUGGUAUCAAAAUAUAUUGCGAUACGUGAGGAAUCGUGAAUACCCAGGCCAAACAACAGAGAAUUAUAAGAGAACAUUGAGAAGUUUGGCUAGUGACUACGUCUUAGAUGGAGAGAUCCUGUAUAAAAAAAAGGAAAGGAUCAGGUGCUACUAA